CUCUAGAAUAUUUUAGAUGGCUAUUUGAAAGGUCCACCAAAACCUUACUGCUGAUGAUAUAGCUGGCAUACUUCAACUGUCAGGCGUUCAGUUGGACUCAAGCAUUCUCUAUGCUCUGAUGCACGACCUCUACACCGGCAUUUUUGCUGUCACACUGUCGAGCAUAUUUAUGCGCAAAUCGCAGCCCAUCAGACGGGCCAUGGUUAUUGCGAUCGCUCUGCUGUUCGUUACGACCACCAUCAAUUUCGGACUCAAUUGGUAUCGGAUGUACAUCGUUUUCAUCAAACAUGGGCAGACUUUCUGGUCGAAGUAUCUGGCGUCCCAAAAUCCAGGAAGCAUCGUGCUAGGGAUGGGGUUCACGACUUCGAUCUGCACUAUCCUUGCUGACUCCAUCAUGAUCUGGCGCUGCCGGAUGGUCUGGGGACGGCGCUGGGCAAUCAUUUUACUUCCGAUCCUCCUCCUUAUAUCUGGGCUAGUGUUCAGAAUAAUCCAUGUAUACCAAGAAUACGCUAUAGGUCAUGGUUAUCAGCUUGGGGCCGUUCUGUACAUAUCCUUCACUCUUGUUGCAACGCUAUGGUGCACCGUACAGAUUGUUUACCGCAUUCUUACUGUUGCGAACAAUGGAACUGGAAAAGGAUUCAGAGCUUAUCGCCAUGUUAUUGAAGUUCUCGUUGAAUCCUCCGCUCUCUAUUCUAUAGCACUGGUCAUUUACGUGUGCUUCUAUGCUCGUAAAUAGUGAGUGUACUGUUACCUCGACGUAGUGGCAGGAAUCGUAAGGGUGAGAAAGCUAU